CCGUAAAGCGCCGCGCGUCUGGCGCGACAGCCAGAAGGACCUGGGGGCUGGCACUGCGGGUGGAGAUGGCGGCGAAGGAAGUCAAGUCCGUGCUCUUCGUGUGCCUAGGGAACAUUUGCCGAUCACCCAUAGCUGAAGCUGUUUUUAGAAAACUUGUAACAGAUGAAAAUGUUGAAAAUAAGUGGAUGACAGACAGUGCUGCUGUUUCUGACUGGAACGUGGGGUGCUGCCCAGAUGCAAGGGCUUUAAGCUGUCUGAGAAAUCAUGGCAUUGAGACAGCCCAUAAAGCACAGCAGGUUACUAAAGAUGAUUUCCUAACAUUCGAUUAUAUACUUUGCAUGGAUGAAAGCAAUCUAAGAGAUUUGAAAAGAAAAAGUAAUCAAGUUAAAAACUGUAAAGCUAAAAUUGAAUUACUUGGAAGCUAUGAUCCACAGAAACAGCUUAUAAUUGAAGAUCCAUAUUAUGGGAAUGAAAAGGACUUCGAGGCUGUUUAUGAGCAGUGUGCUAGAUGCUGUAAAGCAUUUUUGGAGAAGCCUCAUUAAUGCUCACCAAAGAAAAUGAUACUUAGAUCUUUCUUUUUAAAGAAUUAUGUAAGCUUCACUUGAAUUAAUGUAUUUAAAAUGGUGAUAUUGUGCCUCUGCAGUAGUUCCAAAUUGCAGCUUCCUUAUUUUAGUUUGUAUUGUAAUGUGAAUUAAUUUAGAAAAAACUUAUAAAACUUUAAAAAUGGAAUUGAAGGAUCAGCCUUUUUAUUAGACUUUGGUGUAGUUUGUCAUUUGCAGACAACAGAAUAAAUAUCUAUGAAUUUAUUGUCUCACAAGCACCAUAAAAUUAAUGUCUUGCUUCGUUCUGUGCAAUGCAAAAUUACAUUCUUGCACAUUUUUCACAUUUAAAAAAAACAACUGGGUAACGGCAGCUUGCUGAGGUUUUGACCCAGUUUAGUAUAUAUUUUAAGUAUUAAACUGUAAAUACCAAGUGUUGUUUUUUGUUUUUUUUUUCUUUCUAAUAAAAAAAUAAAACCUU